AUGGAUACCGACAACAUUGUGGUGUUUAUCGACAUGGAGUGGAGUAAAUACGUGAAGGAAAAUCAACAAUCUUAUCUGGUGGAAUUAGGUAUAGUCAUCGUAUCUCAUAGCUCCCUUGUACCCAUAGGGAAUCCAAUGAAGUGGUUUUUUGAUGCACCGAGAGAAUACGAUCAUUUGAAAAAAUUUCAGAACUGUGAGGAGUUUAAGAGAAGCAUUAUUGGAUUCAAGAGUCCUGAAGAAAAGGAAGACUGCAAAGAUAUCCACAAGUUACUCGAUCGUAAGGUGUGGGCGGGUUUCAAUCUACUUAAUGCUGAUUGCAAUUUGAUUGGCAAUGUGUUUUGUAGGGCUAGUGUAUCAAUCCCAGUUCCGGAUAGUAUCAUAGAAGUCCUUGAGCUUUUCAGAAGGAGGUUUUCUCCUGUCAAGAACAGCACUAAGCGACCGUUUCUUUUGUCCUUAAAACAAAUCAUGGUUCAUUUUGAUUUAGGCAAACAAGAGUAUCCUGCAAUCCCAGAUAUACUGGCCACCAUAGAAGUAAUGAAGUGUGUGGCCGGAGUGUUAUUUCUUGAUGAUGGUGCAGAGAAUCCUAAGGGGAAGAAGAAGAGAAAAAUGGAGGAGGAGGCUAUGCCAGUCAAGAAGUUGGAACAGUUAUCCCUUUCCCCAUCAUUUCUCAGCAGGUAUAUCUCUGUUGGAGAAUUGAGUCCAUAG